GUACUGUAUUUUCCUUUUUUACAGGAUGAAAUAGUUGAUUUAAAUAAACACAGCUCUCAUACAGCAUCAUUAAAGACCACAUAUAAUAAAUAAGAACUAGAGGUAAUUCUGUGGAGAUAACCACCGAUAACAGAUAAUUAAAGCGGUGAUAAUUUGCCUGCUGCUAAACAGGAUCUCCAGCUUCAGAGCCCCCCUCCCCCACUCCCCGCCCUCGAGAUGCAGCGUCUGAGGCUCCCCCUGGCGUCGGUGUUGCUGCAGCUGCUAUGCCUCGCUGCGGCUCAGGAGGGCGCCGUGGCAGCGAGGUGUGGGCGCCGGUGCGUCAACAGAUAUGGCAUGGAGAUCUGCUGCGACGACACGCCGCUCAACUCGGAGCUGAGGUGUCCACCCAUGCCGCGCAUCCUGCCGGACUGCAACGACCCCAUCCUCGUGGUUAAGGACAUCGGCCCAAAGAAAUGCCUGAGCGACAGGGAUUGUAGUUCAGACCAGCGCUGUUGUCCCGACACCUGUGAUCCCGACGCUACGAUCUGCAUGCCGGGCCAGCGCAACUUGCACUUCCUCUUCCCGUAGCGCUUGUUAAAUCGUCUGAAUGUACAUCAUAUAUUUACGCAAAUUGUGCUCUUUUAGCCUCAUUAGCCUUAACGCUUGUUAAAUCGUGUGAAUGUGCAUCAUAUAAUUACGUAAAUUGUACUCUUUUAGCCUCAUUAGCCUUAACGCUUGUUAAAUCGUCUGAAUGUACAUCAUAUAAUUACGUAAAUUGUGCUCUUUUAGCCUCAUUACUACGCACAUUUGCUCGAUAGUUUCAUGUGUGAUGUACUUUAGCAACAAAGCACGCAAUUUCACGUGAAAUUUCUAGCCCGAAAUUUGAUUCAGCGCAAUUUUCUGUUAUACGGUAAAUUUUUUUCAGUUUUAAGGUAUCAAUUUACCUUUGUAUUUCGUAUGGGUUCUAUAUUCUACUGCCAUUGAGUGAAACAAUAUUUCUACACGUUUAUCCAUCGAAAUUGAGCUGCUUAAUGCAAAAAUGACGCAACCAAGUCGGUGCGUCAUUGUGCUUCUGACCUAACCAAAUUCGGAGACCGUCUAGGCUUUGACCGAAUAGUAGCUACACUCGGCGCAAAAUUAUUCUGGGUCUGAUUGGCCACCCGAUCGAAAUAAGUUUCUGGUCAGAUCGAAAUCAGUUUUCUUUAUGAUUUUAUAUUCGCCAGAGUGUAUGACAAGGUUUUGCCGAGUCGAGUCAUACCGAGCUAGUAAGCUGCCCAGAUGCUGCCUUUGGAACCCUAAGCGGAAGCGGACAUAGAGAAGCUGAUUUACGUGCUCCCCGAAUCCUAGGCGGCCC